AUGAGUAGACUAUCAGGAGGCUUCAAUCAUCUAGUUGUUGCAAUAUGGCCUGUUAUAUUCCCUCUUUCCCUUCUCUUCACCAGGGCCACGUCCCUCUUGGUGAACGUUACUGUCGAUGACACCUUUGGCGACCCAACAACAGGAGCCAUUCCCCAAUAUCUUCCAAACGAUCCUCCGGGAACUAUCGGGGCAUGGCAUGCCGGUAACUCCACGGAGACAGACGACUGGUCGACCUCUCAUUGGACCCCAGGCGUCCUCGAUCUCUUCAAAAUAUAUAACCAAACCUGGCAUGCCUCUACCCCGGCAAACGGACCGGCCCAGGUUGUCGUUAGCUUCACAGGGACUGCCGUCUACGUAUAUGAUGUCGUCCCGAACAUGGUCUUCGAGACGGUCACAACUUCCAACAUGACGUUCGCUAUCGAUGGCUCGGUCCUCGGCAACUUCACUCAUUCGCCCGACCCGUCCGGGGAGAUCCUGUACAACCAGCUAGUGUACUCCAAUACCGAACUCGAACCCGCUACGCACACCAUCGUCAUCUCCGCAGAAGGCGAAAACCACUCUUUCAUUCUAUUCGAUUACCUGAUCUACACUACCGAGAGUAGCGACGAAACUCCCUCGCGCUCAUCCUCUCAGACCUCGUCCUCCAGUAGCUCUACAGCCAGUUCGACGGUAUUUGUCACUACCACAGUGUCGCCCUCAUCAAGAGUACCUCUCGGCGCAGUGCUCGGGGCCGUAUUUGGCGGUGUCGUGCUCCUCCUCGCCACAUUGAUCGGGGCCUACUUCCUCCUCCGGAGGCACUCCAAACCUCACUCUUCAUCAACAUCAGCUCGUGCAUACCCCACAAGGACAAAUGGCAGCGAUAGGACCGAGGACGGCGCCGACUCACAAUCUUCUACGAUCGCAUUCGCAACGGCCCCAGCCGGGGCACUUAUGACGCAGACGCAGUCUACAGACUCUCCCGUGUCGCAGGGGGCUUCCUCCUUCGCUUCUCCCGAGCCGUCAAAGCGGCAAGUGGUCAUAAGCCGGAGAAUCCAGACUCUACAACGGGAGUUAUCCAUGCUCUCAGCGUCCAGUCCCUCCAUCAGGUCUGGGGACACCGGAGAAGGCACCGAGACGGUGGUUCGUGCGCUGGAGACGGAGGUUGCAGCACUGCGCCGCGAGCUUGCAGGUUUCAGCUCGCAGCUGCAUGGAGACCGGAGGACUACAGAAGCGCCGCCAGGGUACCAGGAAUAG